AUGGCAUUUGACAUGAGUCAGUCCACUCGUUGCGUCACCAUCCCAAAUCAGAUGAAAGUGUGCAAAGAUGUUGGAUACUCUGAGAUGCGUCUGCCUAACUUCUUGGGUCACACCAACCUGGAAGCUGAGGUGGUGCCACGUUCAGAGGACUGGAGGCCCCUGCUGCAGACAGGAUGCCACCCUCAAGCCCAGGUCUUCCUCUGCUCCCUCAUUGCUCCCGUCUGUCUUGAUACCUUUAUCCGGCCAUGCCGUAGUCUGUGUGUGGCAGUGAGGGACAGCUGUGCCCCGGUGCUCGCCUGCCAGGGUCAGCCAUGGCCUGAGGCACUCGAUUGUGACCGCUUUCCUGCCCAGGAAGACAUGUGCCUUUCUCCCUACUCUAAAUCUAGCCACAGUGCCAAAGACUUACCAAAACCCGCCUGCCAAAACUGUCCGUCUGUGGAAGAGUCUCCUGCAAUGAAAACAGUCCUGGAUGCUUUUUGCCUGCAUGACUUCGCUGUGACUGCCAAAAUCCAUCGUCGUCGCCUCCCUUUGGGAGGGCCAGAAUUUGAGGUUGAAGGCCGUGUUGAGUUUAUCCGCCAGGGACCUCUCCUGCCUUAUGACACCCGGCACCUACUGCAGCAGUGGCUCCUCAUCAACCUGCAAUGUGCCAAUAUCUUAGUGCGUCCUGGAAGGUCACAGCUUUACGUGCUGACAGGUUUUGUGCAGAAUGAUGGCACCCUCGCUCUCACCCGUCUCUUCCCUUGGCACAAAAAAGAUAUAAACAUGGCAGUGGCCACUCGCAAGUGGAAGCAUCACAGAUGUUUAAUGGAUUGA